AUGCCUCAUUUUCGAUUGGUGGACAAAAAGGCUUGCCACUUCCCAGUGGAGAUAGAGAACAAGGCCUAUUGGGCCAUCAAGAAACUUUACUUGGAUUUGCAUCUUUUGGUUAAGGAGAGAUUCCUUCAAAUGAAAGAACUAGAGGAGCUUAGGUUGGAUGCUUAUGAGUCAUUUAGGAUUUACAAGGAGAAAACAAGGGUUCUUUAUGAUAAAAUGAUCUUGAGGAACAAUUUCAAAGUUGGAAACUUAGUCCUUAUUUACAAGACAAGAUAUAUCCAUAAAUAUUCCAAGCUCACAUCUAAAUGGCAUGGGCCAUAUGUGGUGACUAAUGUUCUCUCUUAUGUAGUUCUUCAACUCAAGGAUAAAGCCAUGGGGUCUACUUGGGAAAUUAAUGGCCAUUUAUGCAAGCUUUACACGGAGGCCGACCCAACACUUCAAAAGGAAGAGGACUUUUCUCAACAUGUUUUUGAGCCACCAUAA